AUGACUAAUUGGAGAAAAGCAAUGGAAGUAUUUAAUACGCAUGUUGGUGGUGUAGCUAGUGCUCACAAUGAUGCGAGAACACAACUUGAGGCUUUUAAAAAUCAACGACAAAGUGUGUCACAUUUGCUACAAGCACAGGGGCGUGAAAUGGAGGUUGCAUAUCACACUCGAUUAACGGAAACUUUAGAUGUUACACGCUUUCUUUUGAAACAAGGUUUGCCUUUCCGUGGACAUGACGAGUCAUUGAAUUCUUCAAAUAAAGGUAACUUUCUUGAAUUGAUUGAGUGGUAUACCCAAAGAAAUGAUGAGGUUGCCAAGACCAUGAAUGAAAAUGCCCCUGGAAACAAUCAAAUGAAGUCUCCAACAGUUCAAAAGGAUUUAACACGGGCUUGUGCUGCUGAAGUCACAAAUGUCAUUCUUAAUGAUAUAAAAGACAAUAUAUUUUCUCUUAUGGUUGAUGAGUGUCGAGAUAUUUCAAUCAAAGAACAAAUGGGAGUUGUUUUAAGAUACGUGAACAGACAUGGAUGUGUUAUUGAAAGAUUUCUUGCUAUUAUUGAGAGGUCAAGAUACGAUGGAGCUUCAAAUAUGCGAGGUGAGUAUAAUGGAUUGAAGGCUCUUAUAUUGAAGGAAAAUUCAUCUGCAAGAUAUGUCCAUUGUUUUGCUCACCAACUUCAACUAGUUGUUGUUGCAGUUGCUAAAAGCAAUCGAAUUGUGAGUGAUUUCUUCCAAUAUGUUACUAUGAUUGUGAAUAUUAUUGGUGCUUCAUGCAAAAGAAAAGAUAAGUUUAGACAACUUGAACAUGAUAGACUUGUAGAAUGUUUGGAGAAAGGUGAUAUUGUUAGUGGCAAAGGAAAAAAUCAGGAAAUCAGUUUAAAACGACCAGGGGAUACUCGUUGGGGUUCACAUUACAUGACUAUUAUCCGUUUGAUGUCUACGUGGACUUCUGUUUUACAAGUGCUUGAAAAUGUGUAUGAUGAUGGUACUAAUGAUGAUAAUAGUGGUAUCGCCACCAGUUUAAUUGAUAAGAUGGAGAAUUAUGAAUUUGUGUUUGUGAUGCAUUUGAUGAAAUCUUUAUUCGGAAUCACAAAUGAGUUGUCACUUGCCUUACAACAAAAGGAUCAAAACAUUGUACUGGCUGUCAGUUUGAUCAAGACAAUGAAAGUUCGAUUACAAAAAUUGAGAGAGGAAGGAUGGGAGAAUUUUUGGACGUCGUCAACAAAUUUUGUAGUAACCACAUGA